AAAAUAAACCAGCUGCUGUGUACAAUGAACGAUGAUACACACGUUCAAACGAUGCUUUAUCAUAAUUAUUACCAUUCAAAUUAUAAGUAUAACAGAAAAACAUGUAUUUGAUUUUUUGGGGUAUAUGUGGCUGCUUAUUAUUAUGAAUUUUUUUCACAUUAUAUUUUUGAUAUUGGGCUACUUUGGCGUUUAUCAAGAUUAUGAAAAAUAUAUGUCACUGUAUAAAUUUUGGAUGUUUAUUUGGAUUGGAUGGAAUCUCUUGUUAUGUUGCAUUUAUACUGAACUUGGAAUUUUAAAACAAGCAUAUCAUCUGUUGAAUUUCAAUUUGGGCAAUCAAAUAUAUGGUGGUAGGAGUUGGUGGUCUUCUAAACAUAUUUUAUGCACUCUUAGUUCACUUAUAAAAUCAAAUAUUAAAUCCAAACUAUCUGAAUGCACUUUUAAUGGGCAUCUUGUUGAUCUUAUACAUAUUUGCAUACAGCUUUUGUUAGGGGUUAUUGGAUUAAUUAUUGCAUUCUAUUAUGGCUUUUUUCCGCUGACCAAAUUAGGGCACGCCCAAUCUUGGAAUUAUUAUUACAACUCUCGAAAAAAACUAACCACUAACCAACCAUCUGAAAUUGCCACAAUCGCUAACAGCACGCUUAGUACAAUAGUCAAAAGAGAUAGAAAUGGAAAAACAGCUGGCAAGCAUAUCAUUAAUAAUAAUCAUCAAAACACGCCAACGCCAAGCUUGAAUAAGAGAAAAUCUCCCUUCGCUGAUCUUUAUAAUAAUUUGGCUGACUUUGGUCCCAUGAAAAAUAUCGAUUUUGAUGUUGUGCUCAUUAAUGAAACGGAAAAUAUAGAUCGCAAUAUAAAUCAGAAUAAAAGACGGCCGAUAAUGACAACUAACCUUGACGAGAACAGCUUUUCUGACUUGUUUGAUCACAGUUGUAAAAAUUAUAUAAAAAAUAAAAAGAGGGAUGACAUUAAUGUAGCUAUGAAAAGUGAAUUCAUGAUGAACGAAAGGAUGCAAAGACGAUUUUGUGAUUCAUCGUUAUGUUACAGAGGAGAAAGGUACAAGAACGACAUGAAUGGAAUAUCUCCUGGUUCGAUAUCCACCGAUACCACUGGCUACCCUCUCAAUAGCCUCAACAAUGGUAAUAGUGAUGCGGGAACUUUCAGUGACCUUAAUGAUUUUAAUAAUUCUAAUAUUGGGCACAAAAAUAAUUUUCAAAGGGCUCAAUAUGUUAAAAAUGAUACAAAUACAAUGGGCCACAAUUUAAUAGGCAAUGAUAUUAUACUUAAUCGAGAUGAUUCUGAGACAACCAGACAUGGAACGAACUAUGAUAACGACAAUAAUGAUAAUAAUGUAAAAAGCGAUAACGUUUUUAGUAAAAACAGCUUAUCACAGAUUUCUUAUAUUUCAGAACAAUAUAAAGGCAAUGAGAAUAUCAGGAUAUCAGAUAAACUCAUGCAACGCCAAUUGAGCUUGGCCAGAAGAAGGAGAGCUAAUCGAAAUAGCAAUAAGCGUAAGAAGUCUAAUAAAGCUAAAUAUCUGGCAAUAGAAACACAUAACAAAGUAAACUUUUCUAAAAUAAACCCUAUCAAUUGCGAUAAUAAUAUUGCAAAUAAUGAUUAUAAGACUGGUAACGUAUUUAAUAAUGGAUAUAUUUAUAUGUCUAAAGAACCUCAACCUAUCCAAAAUAAUUUAGUACAGCCUAAGACGACAGCUAGCAGUAAUACAAGAAGCAUGUUAAAUGGCUAUAAUUAUGAUCAAAAUAUUAUUAAUAAUGGCCUUAUUAAUUAUAAAAGUAUAAAUACCUUUGAUAGUACCAGCAUCCUUAAUAAUCUUAAAAAUAAUAUAUUUAACCCUACUGAUAGAAGAAGACAAAAUAUCGUUCAUUUAAAAAAUCUCAAUUACCUGCAAUAAAGAAAUUCAACAUUAUAUAUAAUUUUGUAGCUUAUCGCACGUUCGAAUUGUACAUUCC